CUUCAGAUUUUGCUCAGUGAGGAAGGCAACCAUGAGCCAUACUCUGUUAUUCCCAUUGUUGGAAUGGGAGGAAUCGGAAAGACCACUCUUGCUCGGCUCAUUUACAAUGAUGACAAAUUGAAGGGUAGGUUUGGAUUGCAAGCAUGGGUUUGUGUUUCUGAGGAUUUUGAUGUUUGUCAAAUCACAAGAGCCAUCUUAGAGCAUGUAACCAGGGAAAAUUGUGAUUUAAAAGAGCUAACUCCACUCCAAGAAAAGUUGCAAGAUAAGCUUUCAAGCCAAAAGUUUUUACUUGUGCUAGAUGAUGUUUGGAAUGAAGACUAUGGAUUAUGGGAGAACUUACAAAGGCCUUUCCUAAAAGGAGCACCAGGAAGCAAAAUAAUCAUCACAACUCGAAACAAGGAUAUUGGGAGGAUGAUAAGAGCAGAUGACAGAGUUCGUGAUUUGUCGUUGCUAGAGCAUGAUGAUUGUUUGUCACUAUUUGCUCAAAUUGCAUUGGGGGCAAAAAACUUUGAUGAAUAUCCAAAUCUUAAAGGUGUAGGGGAGAAAAUUGUUGAAAAAUGCAAAAGAUUGCCAUUGGCUAUAAAAGCCCUUGGUGGCCUCUUGCGUGGUAAGGCAAAUCUUGCUGAGUGGGAAAACAUAUUGAACAGUGAGAUAUGGGAUCUACCAGAUGGUAAUACUAGCAUUUGCAUUCUUCCUGCUUUGAAAUUGAGCUAUAAUCACCUUCCUUCCCAUUUGAAGAGAUGCUUUGCCUAUUGUUCUAUGUUUCCUAAAGAUUAUGAAUUCGAUGAAGGUGAGUUGGUUUUAUUAUGGAUGGCAGAAGGAUUCUUGCAACAACAACCACAGACAAUGAAGAAAAUGAAAGACCUUUGUCAUCAGUCCUUUCGUGAGCUACUGUCGAGGGCUUUUUUUCAACAGUCCAGUAGGAAUGAGUCAUUGUUUGUGAUGCAUGACUUGAUGGUUGAUUUAGCCUUGCAUGUUACUAGAGAUAUAUGCUACACCCUUGAAUCAGAUGGAGAUAUAUCAGAUAUGAGGUUUCAAAGAGUCCGUCAUUUGUCAUUUUUUUCUUCUGAAUAUUUAGUGUUAAAAAGAUUUGAAUUCUUGAAGAAAAAGAAGAAUUUACGUACAUUUCUACAACUGGGAAGGGAUUUUGAGUCUUCGAAACUUAUCCCUUCGAAUGAGUGCUUCUGCAACAGCCUCUUGCAAGAUUUGAUGAAAGAUCUAAAAUGUUUAAGGGUGUUGAAUCUUCAAAUUUGUAGUAUAACGAAGCUCUCUGAUCAGAUUGGAGACUUGAAGCAUCUUCGAUUCAUUAAUUUGUCUAAUGCAAAGAUUAAAAGUCUUCCUGAGUCAGUGGGUUAUCUUCUUUACUUACAGACAUUGUUGUUAAGGAAUUGCCCAGAGUUUUCCCAGUUGCCUACCACUAUUGGAAAUUUACUUGAUCUCCAACAUCUUGAUAUAUCUCAGACACCACUUUUAAAAGAGCUCCCAUCAGAAAUUGGCAAUUUGACAAGUCUUGUAACAUUGUCAAAAUUUAUUGUUGGAAAUGCUCAGGGACCAAGAGUAAAAGAUUUGAAGAACUUGUCAUGUCUUCAAGGCCAGCUUUCCAUUUUGGGUUUACAAAAUGUUGUGGCCGCAAUUGAAGCAAAGAAGGUGAAUUUGUUUGAGAUUGAGGGAUUAGAUGAUUUAUCCUUAGGAUGGUCUUCUGAUUUCCUUAACAACCGAAAUGAAAGAUUUGAAUUGCAAGUUCUCAGCUGGUUAGAGCCUUAUCAUGGUUUGAAAAGAUUGACAAUCAAUUGUUUUGGUGGGUUGGAAUUCCCACCUUGGAUAGGUGAUCCAUCAUUUUCCAACUUGGAGUUCUUGAAGCUUAACAAUUGUCAAAAAAGCACUUCAUUACCAUCACUCCAGCGAUUACCACGACUCAAAGAAUUGAUCAUUAAAGGCAUAUUUGCAAUACAAACUAUGAUGCUUGACGAGGACAAUUCUUCUUCAGCUUCGGCUUUUCCAUCAUUGGAGAGUUUAAAAUUGCAAGAUUGCCCCAUACUGAAAGGAAAAUUUCCAAAAUGCAUUUCUGUCCUUAAAAAGCUAGAGAUUGCCGGAUGCCCAGAGUUAAUAUAUUCACCAAUAAGUCUUCCAUCACUUGAAGGGCUGUGUGUUGAAGGAUGUAGUGAGGCCGUCUUGAGGAGUAUGGUUGACCUCAACUCACUCAAAACAUUGAGAAUCAGCAGAAUUUCUAAGUUGAUUUGGUUGCCCAAGAGUUUUGUAGAGUCCUUGAUAGCACUUGAGGUUAUGGAGAUUACAAUAUGUGAUGAACUCACUUGGUUGUGGGAGGAAGGAGCCAAUAUGGUAAACCUCCCAUGCCUUAAGAGAAUGGAGAUUGGCUGGUGCCCUCUGCUUGCAUCCCUAACAGGGAAAGAACAAGGUUUUCUCCCCAACAGUGUUCAAAUUUUGGACAUAUAUGAUUGUGGGGCACUGGAGUCCUUGCCUAGUGAGAUGAUGAUGGAGCGACUCGAACAAUUAUAUAUAAGGAGAUGUCAUGCUCUCAGAAUGUUUCUAAGAGGCAAGUUACCCACCAUGCUUAAAAUCCUCAAAAUUAAAGAAUGUGAAAAGCUAGAAUCUUUACCAGAAGGAAUAUUGAUGAAUAAUGGUGAUGGAUGUCAAGUGUCCCAUCUUAAAGAAUUAAUGAUUGACAACUGUCCUUGUCUGAAAUCUUUUCCAACUGGCCACCUACCCAAUUCUUUCAAAUGCCUUAUUGUCCAGGAUUGCAGGCAACUGGAAUUUAUCCCUCAGAGAAUGCUGCAGUAUUAUAGGGAACUUGAAGAGAUUCGUCUCAAUGGUGAUGGUAAGAUGCUUGGAGAUGAUUGUUCAAAACCUGAGGGACGUUAUGCCCACAUGUGUUAUUUCCAAGAAUUUUAUUUGUACAGUUGUCCCCCCAAUUGUUAUAGCCACAGAUGUUCAGGGAUAGAUAAGUUAGAUGGUUUGGAGUUGCUCUUCCCGUUUAUCCCCAAUCUUAAAAGGUUAACCAUAAAUAGUUUCAAGAAUCUCAAGUCCUUACCUGAUAAGCUGCAGGACCUCAACUCUCUCAAUGAAUUAUGUAUAAGCAGUUGUCCAGGAAUUGAGUCCAUACCAGACGGUGGUUUGCCUCCGAACCUAAAAUGUCUUAGAAUUUCUUAUUGCCUAGGGAUUGAGUCCAUUCCAGACUCUGGUUUUCUUCCAAACCUUAGAGAUCUUAUAAUUAGCUAUUGCCCAAGAAUUGAGUCCAUUUUAGACUCUGGUUUUCCUCCAAACCUAACAUCUCUUCAAAUUCGCAAUUGCUCAGGAAUUGAGUCCAUUCCAGACUGUGGUUCUGCCCCAAACCUUGGAAAACUGAUAAUUGAUUGCAAGAAUCUGAAGAAGCCGAUGCAAGAAUGGGGCCUCAGCAGCAUCACUUCGCUUCUAACUUUUGAGAUUUGGUGGAUAUGUCCUCCAAAUAAUGUGCUUCCCACUUCUCUAACCAGUCUUAUGGUGUGUAAAGUUGAAAAUAUGAAAUCCAUACCUAAAGGGCUCCUCCAAAACCUCAACUCUCUUCAACAUUUAACAAUUGGUGAUUGGCCAAAGCUGCAGACGCUGCCAAAGGAAGCCCUCCCUGCCUCCCUUCAAAGCUUAAGUAUUUGGGCAUGCAACAACUUCCAGUCCUUGCCAAAUAAAGUCUUGCCUCCCUCGCUUCAAAGGUUAUACAUUGCGUCUUGCGACAACUUCCGGUCCUUGCCGAAGGAAGGCCUGCCUCCCUCGCUUAAACUGCUCUAUAUUGGAAACUGCCCGCUGCUGCAACGACGAUGCAUGGAGGAGAAAGGAGACUAUUGGCCCCUCAUUGCUCACAUCCCCUACGUUGAUGUUUCGCCCAAAGAACAAGGAGGUUAGAAAAGAAGAAGUUGGUUUUCUGGAGAUUAGAAAGUUGUCAUCCAUGCAUUUUGGGAAGACUCAUUGAUUGCUCAACAUAUAAAUUGCUGCUGAAAUGGUGGGAAUGGCAAUAGCACUUGAAAUGGCUUCUUCACUAUGCUUGGCCUACCGCAACUAACCUUGCAUAGUCCUUAAAGCUACAAAACAAGCUCCUUCACUAAUAACAUUCCACAAUUUUACUCCUGUUCAUCAUCAUAGCCAAGUAGCCAACAAUGAUAUGUGCUUCUGCUUAUGCUUUUGCCACCAUUGAUGCUAAUAAGAAGCUUAGGAGCACUGAUUUGGUGGCUCUUGAGUAUGCUGAUCUUAACCUCAAAAAUUUUCUGGGAUGGGAUCAAGCUCUUUGGACUAGUUCUAAUUCACUCAAGAAUUCUUCUGAUUGAGUUAAUGUACAUUUUCUUGAUCUUCAUUUUUUCAUUUUUUUGUUACAUUAUAUAGACAGUUUCUUUGACAUAAUCAUGUUGUUUAAUUGCCCAACAGCUGGUUCUGGUUCUGUGUGUUGAGUUCUGUGUAAAAGAGCUGGCUCUAAGCAUUUCAUUUUUGCAAAUGUUUUAGUUUCCAUUAAAUGAUUGGUAUCCACUCAUCCUGGACCCUUGAUGCUCAUUUCAUUCUAGUGCCUGCAUCCUCAUUUCAAGAAAAGGCAUCAUAAAGAAGGGUUCUGAAGAACCCUUUAUUGGAUUCAAUUAAAAUAAGUGGAUUCCUAAGGAAAGCUGAUGCAUGUUUGUCAUUAUUCGCUCAACAUACAUUAAGAACCGAGAACCUUGUUGCUCAUCCAGAUCUAAAGGGAGUUAGUGAGGAAAUUGUUAAAAGGUACAAAGUAUAGCAGCAUCUGUUUCUCAAGGAAUGAAGCUGUCUCAAUUCACAAACUUAUUAUGAUUUGGAAAUCUAGUUUCAAUUGCAUAUUUGCUUUGAGGUUUAUAUGUAGGUAACUGAAUGCUAUUUGUCUGGUGAAAAUGAGCAUAUAUAUCCUUGAUAUUUUCUUAUGGCUAUUGGAAUACUCUAUAAAUCCAUUAAAAGAAG